CUGAAGAUCGCGCCAUUAGCGAGCGCUCGCGUGUGACGGGUCCCCUUGUAUAUAACAAGUGCGAUGGCCCGCUUUAGUUCAAUCGGUCUGCAGAGUCCGCCCAGUUCGCAGAGAAGAAAUAUCAAGCCAUGAAGCUUUUGGUGGCUGCAGUAGUCUUGGGGUUAGUGCUCGGCGAGGGCGCCGCCCACCAGAUAAAAAUGGGCUCCUGCAAAAAAAUAACCCCAAUGGCUAACUUCGAUCCGAAAAAGUUGGUGGGCGAUUGGUACGUGAUUAAGAAGAUGGCCACGGACAGCUCCUGCAUGUUGGCAAGAUUCGGAAUCGAGAGCGACAACGUCCUCACCGUCCAAGAGCUUCGGACUCCUUCCCUCACUAAGAUGAUUCCCCUGGAAAUAACUGUGACCAACGUUGGCAAACUCAACAUGGACCCCAACGAAAAGGCCAGAAUGACCCUCAAGUGGGACGGAAAUUUCCUGAAUGGCAUCGUAAAGACAUCGUACGCUAUCUUGGACACGGACUACACGACAUACGCCUUGGACAUCGAAUGUCAAUCUUUCACCGUCUUCCACCGUAUUUCGGCCACCAUCUACGGACGCAAUGCCACCAUUCCAAGUGAUACGAUGAAGAAUUUGGAAGCCAAGCUAACAGCACUCAGCAUUGACUUGAGCCGGAUGAGUGCAAUUGAUCAGAAGAACUGCGUCCCACUCGAGAGCAACGACUACAACAUCAAGAUUGACGAGAAGGGCCUCAGUCUUUUGGGUCUCCUUAAGGACGAGGAAAUCCGCAAACUGGAGAACUUGGACCAAGUUAAGCAAUACGCGGAGAACAACGUUCAAAAUCAAGCAGAAAACAAGCAAUACGACAGAAUGGGAAACAUCAAGGUCUUGUUUGCUGUCGCGAUCUUAGGCUCUGUGCUCAACGAGGGCUCCACCCACCAACUGAAAUGGGGAACCUGCAAAAAGGCUGACCCGAUGUCUAACUUUGAUCCGAAAAAGUUCAGCGGCAAAUGGUAUGUCAUUAGGAAGCUGGUCACGACCAGCCCCUGCCUGAUGGCCAAAUUCGCCCUCGAGGGCGAGAACGUCCUCACGAUCCAAGAGCUCCGGACGCCUUCCCUCUCCCAGAUGGGUCCUAUGGAUAUGACCGUCACCAACGUAGGCAAACUCACAAUGGACCCCAGCCACAAAGCUAGCAUGAAGCUGGAAUGGGAUGGAAAUUUCAUGAACAACAUCGUCGAUACGUAUUUUACCAUCCUGGACACAGACUACUUGAACUACGCAUUAGACAUUGAGUGCCAGUCUAUGACCAUCUUCCACCGUCUGUCUGCAACCAUCUACAGUCGCACGCCCUCUCUUCCUGACACCACAAUAAAAAUGCUGGAGAAACACCUCGUAAAGUACUCAGUCAACCUGGAUCGAAUGAGUCCCAUCGACCACACCAGUUGUGUCCCACUUGACAACAACGACUUCAACGUCAAGAUAGACGGGAAUGGCCUCAGCCUUUUGGGUCUUCUUAACAACGAGGAGAUCCAGCAGCUUCGAGAUAUGGACCAAGUUGGGGAAUACGCUCGUAACAACGUACCCCUUCCUGGAAACUAAGGGUAAGGGGCAAAGAAAUUCGAGCCCAUGGGAUCUGUGAUUUGGAUGAACUGCUUUAGUCACCGAUGUGAUGUUAACUUUGUUAAUAAAGACUACGAUUCUUAGUCACCGGUGUAAUGAUAACUUUGUUAAUAAAGAUUACGAUUCUUA